AUGACCUUUUCUAGAUCUUUUAAUGUACGCUUGGCAUUUUUGACUUUCAUCUUUCUGGUUUUUAUCCAAAAAAGCUUUGCAAAAAAGAACGAGACCUUUACGCAAACUUUUGCUCGCGAAAACAAAGAAAUUGUCGAUAAAAUUCUUUAUAAUUCGUAUUUCAACGCAAUAGCAACUGGUAAAGCCACAAAUGCCGAGUUCGAGUACGAUAUUAUCCAGAAUCAUUAUUUCACCGUUCUUUGGGCGAGAUCUUUGGGAUAUAGCUUAAUCAAAGCCCCUGUACCAGUCCCAAAAGAUUGGGGACUUGGUAAUGUGACGCGAGAAUAUCUUAUAACUUACCUGUCCAGUUUUCUAGACUUAAUCGAGACUUAUAGUACAGUCUUGGAGGGGCUCGCGGUAACACACAAUUUUAAUAUCUACGGCCAACCGUUCUCAGCAGUAUUUAAGACUGAUGCAGAAUACAUGGUUAAAGUUGCCAAGACCUUGCCUUUUGAAGCAUGGAUAGCCACAAAUUGGGCAACGAAUCAGUUUUAUUACGAUGGCAUUUCGAUUUCCCAAGCUUCCUUAAAAAAGAACGGAUACACUUAUGAGUUUCAGGACUACAUCGAUUUGAGUGCUUCCCCCUUGGUCAAAAAUGUAACCGAACAACUUAGAUCUUUCGUAGACUUAAUUUAUAAAUCAAAGAGAGCGGAUAGAAAGUUAGCAACUGAAGUUAUGAUACAACAAUUAAAGUAUGAUCGUGCGUAUUAUGAAUCGGUUGUAACUGGUUAA